GCUCGCGCGUUGAGUAACCGGUUGCGGCGUUAUUGGUUUUAUGGUUGGGUUUAAGAGAAACCGCAUAAGUCAUUCUAUGUGUAAUUUAAAAAAAGAUUACAUUGUUUCCGAUUUUUUCACCUUCCGAUUAUGCCUACCUACAAGGUGACAUACUUCAACUUCACCGGCCUUGGUGAGCCCAUUAGGUUUUUGUUGGCGCAAGCUGGUAUCCCUUUUGAAGACAACAGGAUUGCCUUUGAAGAAUGGCCUGCACUUAAACCUAAAACACCAACGGGCGUCUUACCCAUUUUGGAAGUCGACGGAAAGCCUUACACUCAAUCGAAGGCGAUUAUUCGUCUCCUCGCUAGACAAAACAACCUCUACGGUUCAGAUGAUUACGAAGCUUACUUGGCCGAUGUCGCCGCAGAUACCAUUGAAGAUUUGAGACAACCACUUACGCAAUAUUACUGGGAAAAAGACCCCGCCCUGAAAGAAAAACUCAAAGAGACUGCUUGGCAAAAAUACCCCGCCUACCUUGACCAGCUUAAUGAACAAGUGAAGAAGAAUAAUGGACACUUCGUUAAUGGAAAGUUGACCUGGGCAGACCUCCUAUACACCGCGUACACAGAAUUCCUAUCCGCUUAUGUAGGCCACGACUUCAACAAGGACCACCCUGAACUGAAGAAGCUGACCGAGAAAGUGAAGGCGCUGCCCAACAUCAAGGCAUACCUCGCUAAACGACCCAAGACCGACUUCUGAAAACGGAAUUCCUCGACAUUAUAACAUGACAUGAUACACGCGAUACACAAAUUUUCCAAGGAACUUUCUAAUAAAAAACUAACACCAUCGAUCCCUUCUUUUUUUAUUAUUUUUCACACGACACUCGCACAUCUUCUACAUGUUAUCAUAAUGAUACAAAUGUUACGCUAGAUCUGUUCGAUUCGACAAACGAACGGUGAAGGUGGAGCUAUAUGUCGCAAGUAUAAAAAUAAAUAUAUGUUCACGAGAAAA